UAAACCCUCCGUUCCGACGAGUUUUCUCUUUUUUGCAUCGUCGUCGUCACAGAUUAGGUGAUGGAAAUUCGUUGGCUCUCAACCUUUGCCAUGCCUCUUGUAACUAAAAACUGAACAGAUGAUUCGUAGCCAUUUGAACAGAAUGACGAAUGUUGCGUUCUUUGUGGCUUCAGGGUUUUGGAUUUGGAUGGAUUUUGAGACUAGCAGGGCUUCUUGGAGGGUUUUUUGAUGAGUGUGGAGGUUUGAGCUGGGGUUGCAGUGAAGGAAGAGUAGGAGGAGGAGGAGUGGAGGUGGAGGAGGAGUGGAGGUGGAGGAGGAGUGGAGGUGGAGGAGGCGGCGAUUUGCAGUGGUUGCUAAGGAUUUUAAGGAAUUUUGUGAGGGGAGUUGGUUGAUUUUGAGUGUGUUGGAGGCUUAGAUGUGGUGGUGGAUAGGUAUGUAGUAUAGAGAAGGAAGUGAGUAGGCUGGAUAGCCAUAAGGCAGAUGGCUCUUACAGUCAGGGCAAUGGCAUCAGCUGCACAAGGUGUGCGUCGUGCGGGCAUGUUCUACAGUGACUCGUUGGAGUCAUCCAAUUUUUAUUGUAAGAGUAGGAUAAGUGGCAGAGCGAGUGGCGGGGUUGUUUGCAAGAAGGCUCUUGACGGUCUUGUCUGGAAACACUUGAGAUGGAAUGCGAAUUUCAAUGCCAAUUCACUCCCGAGGAGUCUUGGCAGAACGAGACGUAGAGGUCGGAGUCAAGUUGGCAGCUGGCGUGCUAUACAGGUUGAUAUGCAGCUCACUGACGAUGCUGAUGGCAUGAGAGUUGGAGUGAGGAAAGCGAGGAGCGCGGCUACUGAUGUGUCGUCAGUAUCUCAUAACAGUAGAGACUUCAUUGGCGGGGAGAAACUUGCAAGUGAUGGAGAAAAGAUAACGAAUGGGGUGAAUGUCAUUGGAAGGCCUAAGAAGUCUAAAAGCUCUGGAGUGAACGGUAGCUGUGGAGGGAAGAAGAAGAAGAAGUCUACAGAGGGCGCUAAGGAUGAUGAGCGCCUGAAUUUAAAGGUUGAUGGAUUUGUUACUGAUUACAGCGAUAGUGAUUUGGAGAGGGAUGCGGAAGAUAGCGAAGAUGAAUUUGAAGUAGAUAUCAGUGCUUACACUGAAAAAGGCAAUGGAAAUUCGAGGACUUCGGAUGCGAGCCUCAACGGCGAUACUAGGGUUUCUGGUAGUGUUAGAGAACGGAACCCUGGACAAGAGGAAACGGACUUGCGGUACAUGUUUUUGGAGGCAAUCAUGGAGAAAGCUCGCAAGGCAGACGUUGAAGGAGUGGAGGAGGCUUUAACUGGAAUGUCACUUGCGGGUUUGGAUGCUGGCCCCAGGGCUUACUAUGGUCUUACUGUUGCAUACGCUAGAUCUGGUGACCCGGAAGGAGCUGUCCAAGCACUAAAGAAGGCGGUCCAAGCAGGAGUGAAUCCUUUACCAGAAUCUAUGCUGGCCUGUGUGCGCCUUUAUGGUAGCACUGGCCAACCACAGCGGGGCAAGGAAAUUCUGGCUGCUAUGGAAAAGCUAAAUUACAACCCUAGGGUGGCUUGGCUAACUUUAGUUGAGGAGCUUCUCAAUAAUUCUUAUCUACAAGAAGCGAAUGAGGUUUAUAUUGAAGGACUUGAAGGAGGACUUCGAGGCACAGACGUCUUGUUUGAUAGAAUAGUGGAGGCAAACUCUAUUAUUGGGGAUCAUGCAAAUUGUAUCAGUGUUCUUCGAUUAAUGGAAUAUGGCGGGCGCAUGUCUACAACAUUCCACUACAAUUGUCUUUUGCGAGCUCAGUGUAUGGCAGAUGUUCCAGACAUCAUCGCCAUGACGUUUGAAACUAUGCAGUAUGGCCGAGAUGAAAUGAAGCCGGACACAGAGUCAUACAACUGGGUAUUACAGUCAUAUGUUCGGCACAAGUUUGGUGACAGGUGUCAAGAGGUCAUCGAUUUGCUGGGAGAAAUGGUUGAAGAUCACAAGAGGGUGCAACCAAAUCAAAGGACAUACGCGCUUCUUGUGGAGUGCUUCAGCAAGUAUGAUCAUUUCAAUGAAGCCGUGAGACACUUUAGAGCGUUAGUUAGAAAUCCCGGAUCAACCACUUUUCUCUUCAAUGAAGGUCAUGGAAGAGACACUGAUCCGUUAUCACUUUACAUUAGAGGCUUAUGUCUAGAAGGCCGAGCCGGAGAUCUGGUGGAGGUGUUGGAAUCCAUGGUCAGGGACAAUCAGCCCCUGCCAGCGAGGGCACUUUUGGUCAACAAGAGGGGUCGUACAUUGGUCAGCUCUUGGAUAGAACCUCUGCAGCAGGAGCCCGAUCUUGGUUACGACAUCGACUAUGUUGCAAGAUUCUUAGCAGAAGGAGGCGGGGAUGGCACGCGGAAGAGAUUUACUGAUUCAGUUGGUGGAAGGUUCAAGGCUGUAGAUGAUGAUGGCUUCGCAUAUGCAGCCCCGCUGGAAGUUUCUUACAAGAGUUUCCUGACUCAUAUGCGCAAGAAUUACAACUUACGGUUGCUUCGGAAGCUGAGAUUGGAGGGUGUGCGUGCUUUAGGUCCAGGUGCUACUGAGGCAGAUCUUCACCGUGUAAUUGAAAGGCUGAAAAAGGAUACUAGAGGCGAUGUGGGUUACCAAAUAAGGAAACCGAAGGCAGCUAGUAAGAUGCUCGUUUCAGAGCUCAAGGAUGAGUUGGAGGCACAAGGGCUUCCUACUGAAGGCACUAGACCAGUGCUGUACCAGCGCGUGCAGAAAGCCAGACGGAUAAAUAAGGCUCGUGGCCGACCACUCUGGGUUCCUCCAACAGAAGACGAACUUGAUGAGAGACAUGAUGAAGAGAUUGAUAUGUUUAUGGAAAGAUUAACGCUGAAGAACGAGAAUUCGGAAUUCUGGAGGAAGCGAUUUAUCGGCGGAGCGGGUAUUUUGGAUGAGGAGGAAUCUUUAUAUCAAGCUUCUGCCGAUUCUGACGAAGAAACCUUCGCAGACGAUGAUGAUGAAGAUGACGACGAUGAGGAUGAGCUUCAGGUAACAGACAGUGCAGAUGAUCUUGUUGAAGAUGGAGGCGAGGAGGAUGUAGGGGAGCCCCCUGAAAUGUUGGCUAUGCAGCUUCUGAAGAACAAGAAAGAAGAGGUUCCGGUAGUGAAGGAAGAGGACAGGGAGGGAUCAGAGUGGCUAGGGUUGACUCUGGAUGAGAAGAUUACAUUUAUGAAGGAAAGGGGUAUGGAUGAAUCAGCAUUCUACACCAUAGCUGAUGUCUGGGGAUGGACAUGGGAGCAAGAGAUUCGAGAUCGUGUGCCAGAAGACUGGUCCCAGGAGAAGGAAGUGCAGUUGGCCAUCGAAAUCAUGCUCAAGGUUCAAGCUCUUGGAGGAAUUCCAACCAUUAACGACAUGGGAAUACUUGUACGAGCAGCAAUGCGAACACCUUGGCCUGAGGCAUUAGUUUCUCUUCUCCAACAUUCUCAUAAGCUUGGUUAUGCAUUUGGCAGCAAGUUGUAUGCCGAGGCUGUGCGUCUGUGUCUAUCACUCGGAGAAAAGGACGCUGCAAUUAAUAUCAUUUCUGAUAUGGAGGAUAUGGGCGUGGCUGCUCCACCAGACCUUCUCACGGAUGUCCUCGAAGAAACCCAGUUUCGGCAAAUCUCGGAUGUCCUUGCAGUAGAACCAGAGGAAGAAUAGGUCGAGACGAUACAGCUUCCCUCUUUUUAUCGGGCUUACCUUUUAUCCCGCAUAGGAAAGAGCUGUUUAGAAAGCGAGUCAUUUAAUGAAGUCGCCUUUUUAGAAGCCUGUUCUGACAGCGCACAACUUGGUCGCACCUUAACCUAGAUACUAUGAUCUUCCUCGCUUUUACUAGCCCUUUUGAGACGGUUCAGUAGAGAGCUCUCAUCUUCUCGUUUUAGAGGCACAGAGAUGCACAUCUUUGCCCUCAUCCACUUAGAUGCCUGGCCAACCCUCAGGCACCAGAAAAUCACUGAUUGUUUUCGUGAUAUAUUAACAAAGCUGUUAUACAAAGCCUCUGGAAUAUCCUCGGCUUUCACACAUUUUAUUAAAGCUAGUGAAUCUUUUGGUCAA